GGUGUGGCAUGAGUGUUAUAUGACAAGGUGCCUCUGCCCUGCAGACGUUUCAGACUAAGACACCAGUUUUUACACUAUAUAAAGUGACAUUUUAUUAUCUGUACACCAGUCUUUUUAGAGUCACUAUACAUACUAGGACCAUUAUUAAACUGUAGCAAAGUUAUGAUAUAUUAAAUUUAGUUUAGCUGUACAUUUGUUAAAACAUCUUCCAUUUUUGCUUUUUCUACUUGAAAUUACCAGUCGUAAAAGUGAUGAAAAUGAAAAAGAAAAUUAAACUACAAAACAUUAUUUUUGUUGUUGGAUUGGCUGUCAUCUCAGUAACUGGACUCUUUUAUUUGGGCGUCACCUCCCCCUCAAUAAGACAUAUAGAGCAAAGAUUCUGCCUCAAUAUAACAAAAAAGAGCUCGGAAAAUGUUCUCUUGCAGUCGCCUCAAGGGCUUAAAUAUAAUCAGCCCAGUGUAUUGGGCCCAGAUGGCAAAGUUGGUCCUCUGGCACCAUGGUUAGCUCCAAUUGUUUCUGAAGGAAGUUUUGAUCCCACACUGAUUGAUGCAAUCUACAAACAACAGAACAUUACAGUAGCAACCACCAUCUUUGCUCUUGGAAAAUACACCGUUUUUCUAAAAGAUUUCCUGGAGUCUGCAGAGCAACAUUUUUUUGUUGGAUUUCGUGUGCACUAUUAUGUCUUCACCGAUCAUCCAGAGCAGGUUCCUGAUGUGAAACUGGGUGAAGAACAUGAACUGACGGUGAUGACCGUAAAUAGUUCGAGCAGAUGGCAAGAUAUGAGUUUGGGCAGGAUGAAAAGGCUGGAGAUGCUGAUUGAGAGUGGACUGGUCAAUGAUGCUGACUAUCUUUUCAGCCUUGAUGUGGAUACAAAGUUCUACGGCCGCUGGGGAGCAGAGACUUUGGGUGAUCUUAUAGGUGUGAUACAUGCAUGGUAUUAUUAUACACCUCGUGAGCAAUUCCCAUAUGAGAGAAGGCCUGAGUCUCAAGCGUUUAUCCCUUAUUCUGAGGGUGAUUAUUAUUACGGUGGAGCUGUGCUUGGUGGUUCAGUGAAGUGCGUAUAUCAGCUUGCUAAAACCUGCAGAGAGCAACUGGACAUUGAUGCAGCUAAAUCCAUUGAGGCAGCAUGGCAGGAGGAGUCACAUUUGAACAAGUACUUCCUUUACAACAAACCCAGUAAACUGCUUUCACCCGAAUAUUCUUGGGAUGAUAAAAAGUCUAAACCAGACCAGAUUAAAAUUAUUCGCUAUUCUCAUAUUCCUAAAAACUAUGCUGACGUUCGUCCAAACAAAUAGAAGCUGUUAUAGAGAGAGAUGAAAAAAAAUAGGUGUGCGGUAACAAAGAAGAGCCAGUUGGCCAAAACAAUUUUGGAAAAUCAUCUUUAUUAAACUGUUUCAAAUAAUAAUAAAGAAAUUAGUUAAAAAUGUUAUUUAGCAUAGGUACAAAUGUGUAUUUUAUUAAAUUAAGUAAUAUUAACUGUGCCACAUAACCUGUGUCAUUAUUAAGUUACAGACAGUAACAAUAAAGAGAAUAAAGUGAAGUGACGCAAAAAAGAAAAUUUAAAAUGGUGUCUUAAUAUGAGAACAGCAAAGUACAAGUGGAUGAAGAUGAUAACACAAACACAAUCAAUAAUGAAAACCUUUUUGAUUUUUUUAUAUUUAAUAAAAUAAACGAUCAAAUGUGUACAUUUGAGAUCAAUAAUUUACAUAAACCCUCUUUCAGUACAAGAUAAGUUAGAAGUACUGGAUGACUAAAUUGGCCUUUGUGUGUGAAUGGGAGAGUGUAUGGGUGUUUUGAGUUGUAUCUGAGUUGCGGCAUGAAGGACAUCUGCUGGUAAAACAUAUCACAGAGAAAUUGGCACCUCCUUAUAAAGCUCAGACUAAGCCGAAGUUAAGUGAUUGAGUGGCUUUACAUACUGUAUACCAGGUUGACCAAACUCGGUCCUGGAGGCCAGAGUCUUGCAGAGUUAGCUCCAACUUGUCUUAACAGACCUACCUGGAAGCUUCUAGUAUGACUUGUAAGAGCUUGAUUAGCUACUUCUGGUGUAUUUAAUUAGGAUUGGAGCUAAACCUUUCUGGACACCAGCCCUCCAGCACUGAGUUUGGGCACUACUGCGGUAUACCUAGCAGAAUCUGCAAAAUGUUAAUAAUUUUACCAAAAUAAGCAGGCUCAUACAAAAUACCUGUUGUUUUUCAAUUAAUGCAGACCUCAUUCAUUUAUUUUCUUGUCAGCUUAGUCCAUUUAUUAAUCCAGGGUCGUCACAGCAGAAUGAACCGCCAACUUAUCCAGCAAGUUUUUACGCAGCGGAUCCCCUUCCAGCCGCAACCCAU